AUGGACAAUUUUAAGGCUUUUGGUAGCAGCUUGAGCUCUAUUGGCUCUCAGAUUACCCCCUUCGCCUCUCGUACUUUUCAGUACACCAAAGAGCAGCUUGGCCAGGCCGAAGAUAAGACCCAACUCCCUCCCGAUUAUAUCGAUCUUGAAAAGCGAGUGGAUGCCCUAAAGCAAGUCCAUCAGAAGAUGCUUGCAGUGACCUCGCAAUACUCACACGAACCUUACGAUUAUCCUAACAACCUCAAGGAGAGCUUUUCGGACCUUGGCCGUACCGUCAGCGAGAAGGUUCAGCUCCUCUCCGCUGCUACCACCCCCGCCGAAGCUCAGGCCGCCUUGACCGCACCCCCCACCGCAAAGCCCCAGCCCAAGACUUUCUCCCACGCCAUCGCCCGAGCCAGUUUAGCAAGCUCCCAGAUCCUUCACCAGCAACACACUGGCGCCGGCGAGGACCCUCUCGCCACUGCGCUCGAGAAGUAUGCGCUGGUUAGCGAGCGAUUGGGCGAGGCCCGCCUUGCGCAGGACGCACAGAUCCAGAGCCAUUAUCUGGCCGGUUGGAACACCACCCUAAACACCAAUCUGAUGUUCGCGACACGUGCGCGCAAGAACGUCGAGAAGGCGCGCUUGACCCUCGACUCAGUCAAGGCCCGUGUUAAGGGAAAUACUUGGAAGAUCGGACAGCAGCCGCGCGAAGAUCACCACGCUGAGGAGCUGAGCGCUGAGGCCCAGGAAGAGAUUGAGAAGGCAGAGGAUGAAUUCGUCACUCAGACCGAAGAGGCUGUAAGCGUCAUGAAGAACGUUCUGGAUACUCCUGAGCCUCUUCGCAACCUUGCUGAGCUCGUUGCUGCCCAGCUCGAGUACCACAAGAAGGCCGCUGAGAUCUUGAGCGAGCUUUCUCCCGUCAUCGAGGGUCUGCAGGUUGAGCAGGAGGCCAACUACCGCAAGAGCCGCGAGAGUGCUUCGUAG